UCCAUACCUCCUCCAUACAGCCUGCCUCAUCUCAACUACUGAUUGAGAAUUAGUAGGGUAAGAAGCUGCCUCGACAUGACGAAACGUGAGCAUCAAAAUCACUCGGGAGGGGACUCCAGGCCGAGUAAAAAAUCUAAAAAAACGAAGCCCUCAAAAGACGACGAGGGCAAGGCUCCACCAUACGUGCAAUCUCCUGCACUCGACGAUAUUCCUCAAGCCGACAUCGACCAGUUCCUCUCUAAGAACUCCAUCAAAACAACGGAAUCUUUACCCGAUACACUCCCUCUUCGUCCGAUAAUUUCGUUCGCUCACCUGCCUCAUUGCAAUGACGGGUUGUAUGAUCCUUUGAGUUCCUUCACAUCCCCUACUGCUAUUCAAUCCGCAACAUGGCCGCUCUUAUUCUCUGGCCGCGAUGUGAUUGGAAUUGCGGAAACUGGAAGUGGGAAAACUCUUGCGUUUGGCCUACCAUGCCUGAAAAAGAUACUCGACUCGAGCAAGAGUAAACAGAAACCUUUCCGGCCAAAUGCAGUGAUAAUCUCACCCACAAGGGAGCUUGCGAUGCAAAUUCAUGACCAGAUCCUGAAGUUUGCGGAACAGGUAGAUAUUCGGGUGGCGUGUAUAUUUGGCGGAGUUAGAAAAGAUGAACAGCGUGAGGCUCUUAAGUCGGCGGCUAUAGUCGUGGCUACACCAGGGAGACUGAAAGAUCUCCAGAAUGAUGGCUCCCUGGAUCUUGGUAAAGUCAAGUAUCUUGUUUUGGACGAAGCAGAUCGUAUGCUGGAUAAAGGAUUUGAACAGGAUAUAAAGGACAUUAUCCGCGCUAUGCCAGUAUCGAAACGUCAAACUGUGAUGUUUACCGCAACUUGGCCGCCUGUUGUCAGAGAUCUUGCAUCGUCCUUCAUGAAAUCCCCAGUGACUGUUACCAUUGGGGGUGACCCUUCCGCAGACCCACGUGCGAAUACCAGGAUCAAGCAAGUCGUUGAGGUGGUCCAGCAGAUGGAAAAGGAGCAGAGACUUGUACAGCUACUCAACAAACACCAACGGGGAACAUCAGACAAAGUUCUCGUGUUUUGUUUGUACAAAAAGGAAGCGAUGCGUAUUGAGAGACUUCUUCGGGUUAAAGGGUUCAAAGUUGCUGGUAUUCAUGGUGAUUUAAGCCAGCAAGAGCGGUUUAAAAGCCUUGACGCCUUCAAAACAGGGAAUGCUACCGUUCUUGUUGCAACUGAUGUGGCAGCUCGUGGCCUCGACAUACCUUCUGUAAAGUUGGUCAUCAAUGUUACAUUCCCUCUCACGGUUGAAGACUACGUACAUAGAAUUGGCCGAACCGGUCGUGCUGGAGCCACGGGUCAUGCUAUAACUCUGUUUACAGAGGCCGACAAAGCUCAAUCUGGCGCAUUAAUCAACGUCCUUAAAGCGGCGAAGCAAGAGGUGCCAGAAGAUCUAUUGAAAUUUGGGUCUACCGUUAAAAAGAAGCAACAUGACGCUUACGGCGCUUUUUUCAAAGAUGUUGAUUCCGGCAAGACGGCCACGAAAAUCACUUUUGAUGAUUGAUAUUGACAUCAAUCUGAUUUUGAUCUCCUGACUCUUGUCCUUAAAAGUUGAUACACUCGAGUGUAGUGGGGGAUUAUGUAGUCUCUUUCGAAAUAGAAUCUAUAGAAGGAAUAUUGAUCAGAGCCUGUUCUUAAGCGAAAGAUGGUUGGUUC